UGUGUCUCCGCUGCCCUUCGCGUGUGAUCCCUCCCCUCGCGCUGCUCAGAAAAUGUGUGUGUGCAGCUCGAGGCUGCAAGCCGGGGUCGGUUUGGGCUGCUACUUUCAUGGACUCCUCGUAAAUAUACAAACUAAUCACGCAUUUACAAUUAUUCACGUCAAAAAUACACACAAUUUAACACAGAUAACACACUAAUAUAUUAUGCUAUUGUUAGUUGUUUUAUAAUUAUUUUGGUAAACCAAACAGGAGAUGUAGGCUAGCCACGGAAUAAAGAGAAAAUGCUUGUAGACACGUAGUUGAAUGUUACCUAGUGCUCAUAAAGUAUUCCAAAAUGAGCGGUAAUCACGGUAAGAGAGUAAAUAUCAUGUAGUUUUAUUAUUAGACUAUACAUAACAGUAAUUGUCAUACAUAGCUAUACACGAAGCUGUAUAAAACAAUGUAAAAAUCGUAAUUCCCAUAAACACACAGUACCUGAAAGCAGCAUAAGCUAAGUCUAGCGUGUGUGUGUGUUUGUGUGUGUGUGUGCGCUCACGCUCUGUUUGUGAGGCAGAGAGUUGCGUGCGAAGAGCUCGACAUGUCAUUCAGAGGAAUCCGCCACCUGAAACGCGAGGAAGUGAAGGCGACUCAAUUGGGUAUAAAGCAUCAGCCAACAUCUGCCCCGAGCAGUGCAAAGCUGAUGAAAACAUCAGCUCGGAACUCAUACAGGACCUCUCCGGUUUGUUUUAUUUCCCUGGGAUUUAUCCUUUGGCAUUACCGAGACGGUGCAACCAGGGAGACGCAUCUCUUCUCUGCACUUACAGUGAAUGUGACUCAACAGACAACAUUAUACUGGAAUUAACUGAUAUACACCGAUAUUCUGGCGCACCUGUUACCUCCACGGAGCGCAAGAUCAUGAUCCCUCCGGGAGACUGCAUGUACGCGGGCAGAAAGAGGAGGAAGCCCAUCCAGAAACAACCAAGACCAUCAGGGCUCGGCAAGCUGACCAUGAAGCCGUCCUCUGCCAAUGAGAAAACCAACCCGUCCAAGCGGCACAGAGACAGGCUGAAUGCAGAGCUGGACCGGCUGGCCAGCCUCCUGCCGUUCCCCCCGGAUGUCAUCUCCAAACUAGACAAGCUGUCAGUGCUGCGCCUUGCAGUGUCCUACCUCCGUGUCAAGAGUUUCUUCCAAGCCAACCACGAUAAGACCUCCAGGAAGCACAUCAACAGCCCAGCACCCUCUAACCCUGAACCCAGGAAAGAAAGCCUUCCAUUGGGCACCAUCAUCAAUGAAAGCAGCCUCCUCCUGGAGUCUCUGACAGGCUUUGCAUUGGUGGUGAGCAGCGAUGGGAUGGUCUUUUAUGCCUCCUCAACCAUUGUGGACUACCUGGGAUUUCAUCAGACUGACGUGAUGCACCAGAAUGUGUUUGACUACAUCCACAUCGAUGACCGUCAGGAGUUCAGACGUCAGCUCCACUGGGCCAUGUGUCCUCCACAGCACCAGGGGACGUCGGUACAUCAGGACAACCAGCUAGCAGCAGGGACUGGCGACGAUUUUGUCGUGAGCAGCCUGUUCCAUUCUCCUGAGGCCGGGGGAAUACCUCCUGAGCUCUCCUGCUUUCUCAACAGAUGUUUCAUUGCCCGAGUCCGAUGCCUCUUGGACAGUACCUCUGGAUUCUUGACUAUGCAGUUCCAGGGUCGGCUGAAGUUUCUCCACGGUCAGAAAAAGAAGUCUGCCUCUGGAGCUCUGAUGCCUCCCCAGCUGGCUCUGUUCUGCAUAGGUGUACCCCUUCUACUGCCCUCCAUUACUGACAUGAAAAUGAAGAACAUGUUAAUGCGGGGAAAGAACAAGGGAGGAGGAGGAGGAGGGAUUAUUUCUGCACUGGAGCAUGGUAAGCGUGGGGAACACCUCCGGAGGCACUCCUACAGUGGAGGAAUGGGUGACAUUGCAGACCCUCUCCUUCUCUCCUGUCCUUCUCCUGGUGCUACCCAAAGAGGUCACCACACUCCCUGGACUCCGCUCUCCAAAGACAACCUCAAGUACCGCCCUGAUGGUUACUACAACCAGGAAGAGCCCCUCAAUUACUGCAAGUCAUCCAUGGCUCCCCAUAAAGGUGUCAGUCCAGGCCUGGGUGGUGGCUGGCCUCUGCGGCCAAACUCAGGUCCCCUCAGGGCAGGGCAAGGUGUAGGCUACAUCCCUUCUAAUCGUUUAAACAAGGCUGGCCAGUACGCAAAGCCAUAUCGCCUUUCGCCAAGCUGCCACAGUGGCAGGGGUGGUGAGGUGUUUGUCUCUAAGCUCUAUGGGAACGUUCAGAUUCCCACAGAUCCUGAUGCCUACUGCGUGGACCUGGUGAAGAAUGAGAAUGGCUACGGAGAAUGCUACGAUGGCCAUCUGAUGCCUGAGAUGCCACCCAUCAAGGUAGAGCACGACUCAGACUCUGAGAAUGGCUGCGAUGCCUAUGGGCGACCCUGGGCUUGUCGUGACCCAGAGACGAUUGACCGUCGCUAUGUUAACGGGGUAUAUGCACAGACCUCAGGCCUCCAUCUCAAAUCAGAGGCAGAUUACUAUGAUCCGCAGUACUCACCCUGUCAGAGAGGGAAAGCAGGAAUCAGCCCGUCGUACAACAACGGCAAUUACCAGAACUAUGCAGUCAACAACAGCAGCAACCCAACUGGACGUCUGUUAAAAUGUGACAAAGACUUGGGCAAUAACAACGACAACAAUCAGUUUAGUCCUCAGAGACUCUCCCACACAGACUCUCUAUGCAGCAACCAAUCUAUCAACCUCAUGGACUCACAUGUCUACCCACAAGACCCUCACAAGGCCUACAUGCACCCGGACUACAACAAGCAUGGCGCUUAUGAGUUCAAAGGUCAUGGCUUGAUCCACUCGAUCAAGCGGGAGCCCAUAGACUCUCCGCCGUGGUCUGAAAGCAGUCAUGAUAUAAGCCAGUCCAUGAUGGCUGGUCAAAGGAACGUUAUGCCAUGUGUGAUGAGCACAGGGCCCCACAAGUCCAGUCCCUACAUCUAUAUGCCGUAAAAAUUGAUUGGUGCAAACAUAUCAGCAGAUAAAUACUUAUGUCCGUGCUCCCUCUCAACUUUGUCACACACACGUGCACACACAUACACACACACACAGACACACACACACUCAGUGUGCGUUAAAGUAUAUAUUUUGCACCACAUACACCAGCAUUACAAAAGGACAGUCUUUGAGUAUGAAGAUUCCCAGGAUGUCCACAUUUAAAUUACUUCUUCUAUUUGACGAAGAGGUCGCAAACAAGGCUCAGGUUCUAGUGUUAGAGUUGUGACAAUCAAACAUAAUACUUUUAAUCCAGUUUAUGGAUAGAUGAUUUAGUUUCUAAGGAAUACGAUUUGUAGUUGGUUCCAAGCACUUUUGGAUUUAGUGACUAUGAGGCAAAUUAUGUCUAGAAACACAAUUUCAUUUUGUUUUAUGUGUUGUAUACACCUGGCUUUUGUGGGAAGAACAAAGAUUUUGCUGUAAAAAAGUACCUUUUCUAAAUUUUGUAAACAGGAGAUAAUUUAACAAUACCUACUACUGGGCUCAACAAGGGAGAUGGCUGAUAAUGAGAGCACACUUAGGAAUCAGUGAUAGCAAUUUAAAGGUUAAUCUGCCUCGAUGGUGUUUGUUAUAAAUGGAACACCGUUUUCAUGGCUGCCUCCAAUGAUGUAUUAUUGGAAACUACUGUUUUCUAUGCAUUUGAGAAAAGUGAAAUUAACUUGCAGGGACUUCAAACUUGCAGAAAACUUGCGGAACAAAAAAUUUGAUUAAAAUCUACCAAUAGGUUUGCAGCCAGGUUCUGCUUUGAAAACACUCAUCACAGAUGUACACAUUCAAGGACAUCUAAUACCAAGCAGCUGCACAACCAAAUUCACAUACAUUUUUUUCACAACGUCUCUGUUUACUCAGUGUUUGUCCUCUGUAAGUGAUAUUCUUAUAAAAUGAAAUUCAAUGCAAUGCUUUUGUCAGAGCAUCCUUGAACACACCAUCAAGGACAGUUUCUUUUAAAAAUGAAAAGCAAUUUGUAGUUAAUGGAUCAAAACAUGUAAAAAGAUUGAUAUGGCCAAAGCUUAGUGCAUAUUCACUACAUUUGUUUAUUAAACUACAAACAGCCUGAGUAUAGUCAUAAUGUAAUGACAUGAGAGGGGCAUAGUAAGAAGCAAACAAACCCUUAACCACAAACCUGUGGUUCAACCAUGUGUCCUGCUGAAGCAUCCUUUAGUAAGGCACUAAAGUUCUUCGGACGCCGCUCCAUCUCUGCUCCUUGUCUCUGAUCUCCCUGUGGAAGGGACAAAAAGAAAAAUGAAAUUAAGGGUGCGCAUGAAAAAGUCUAAGGAUGUUGAUGGUAAAGUUGUUGGUUCUAAAACUGUCAGAGCUUGUAGUUACUGGGAUUAAAUUGACUUAAAAAAAUAGUGGCAAUAACCCAACUCAGAUCUGACUAGAGCUGACCUUUAAAAUUGCAGACGGCAAACUUAGUCCUCAGAAAGUUGGUGUGCACCACUAAAGUUAAGUAUUAAUUUUCAGUUGAAGGUGUGUUUGAACAAAGUAGACGUGUUCAUUUGGAAUUGAAGGAAAAGAAGUUAGGUGUUUCAGGAUUCCAUGUUAAUUCCUCUUAAUGCGCACAAUAAUUUCAUAAUUUAAGACAUGAAACUUCUGUUGAACAUACAAAUAAUAUAAUUUAUGUCAUAUUAUUUCGAAGCUAAUGUUGUACAGUGUGGAUAAGUGUUUAUGGCAAGAUCAGCAUUUCGGUCUCACUGCCGAUAAGGCACAUUUCCUUUGAAAUGAAUAUACACUUCUCAUGUUGUCUUUUUAGUCCGAAAACAUCAGAUGUUCUCUUCACAAUCAGUAUUUUUGCACAAAUUAAUUAAAAGCACCAAAUUGAUUCAAUGUCAGAGUCUCAGUUCUGUGAAGCUACUGUGGUAGUUUCUAAAUUGCACUACUGGGAGUAGUUCAGUUGAAGUUCAAACAAGUUUUUGAGUCAACACGCACAACUGUACAUGGUGUCACUGUUUUGAAUUUGUCUUUCUCUCUUAGUGUGUGUUCAUUUCAAUAAAUGUUUGAUGAUUCGUAUUUAUUGUAAGAGACAAAAGUGCAUAAUUUAAAAACUACAGUUUUGAAGGCUUUUCUGUUUCUCUAAGGUAAAUAAAUAUGGCUUUUUUUCUUGCUAUCCUUUUGAUAAUUGUUAAAAAGACUGUCAUACUUGUCUCAUGGAGGAGGUAGCUGCAAGGUAGCGAACACAGUGUACAUAUGCAGUGUCUUCAAAUGUUUCUACAUGUUUUUGCAAAUGGGACUUAUCUAUUAAAAGACUUUUCUUUCUAAGGAAAAUCUGGGUGAUGUGUUGUUCUUUUGUUGUUAGGCAGAUAAUAAAUAAGGCAAAAUAUGAUCAUGUCACAGUUGUCUGUAAUCUGA